GCGGGCUAUUCAGUUGUUCCGUGUCCGUACUCGCGCUCGCACGCACCUCUCCUACUCAAGAACUUUUCGUAAGUUUAGUCAUGGCUCUCCGCUAUGUGUUUGCCCUAUUGGCACUGGCAGGUGCCACGUUCGCGGGCUCGGAGGUCACCGAACUGAAGGUCGAGAACGUCUACGUGCCGGAGGGCUGCACCACGAAGUCUAAGAACGGCGAUAUGUUGACCAUGCACUACACCGGCACUCUUGACGACGGCCACAAGUUUGACUCCAGCUUCGACCGGGACCAACCCUUCAGCUUCCAGAUUGGCGUCGGACAAGUAAUCAAGGGCUGGGACCAGGGUCUGCUCGACAUGUGUGUCGGUGAGAAGCGUAAGCUGACCAUCCCGUCGCACCUCGGCUACGGCGAGCGCGGAGCCGGCAACGUCAUUCCCGCCCACGCCACCCUCCACUUCGAGGUCGAGCUCAUCAACAUCGGGGACUCGCCCCCGACCACCAACGUCUUCAAGGAGAUCGACGCCGACAAGGACGCGCAGCUCAGCCGCGAAGAAGUGAGUAUCCAGUUAGCGUUCCAAGCCAUGGACACAGACGGCGAUCAGGAGCUGUCGAGAGAGGAGGUGAGCGAAUAUCUGAAAAAGCAGAUGACCGCCAGUGAAGGCGCCGAGAUGAGCGAAGACAUUAAGAACAUGCUCGAGAGCCACGACAAGCUCGUCGAGGAGAUCUUCCAGCACGAGGACAAGGACAAGAACGGUUUCAUCAGCCACGAGGAGUUCUCCGGACCCAAGCACGACGAACUCUAAACCAGUACAUCAGUAGAACCACUCAAAAAGUUACACAUACUAUCCUAACGCAU